UCUAUCCAUAUCCAACACUAUCAACAUUCAAUACCAUCAAAUUCUUUACAAAGUACACAACCAAUAUCCAAGAUUAUGAAGAUAGCUGCAAUUACUACUUGUUUUCCUUACAUUCUACUUUUCUUGUCAUUUUCAUCAACAUUUACAUCAGCUCAAGAUCCUACACACAACUUCCUUCAGUGCCUUAAUCAUCACUCUCAUGACAUCUCCGAAUCCGUCUACACCCGAAAGAACACUAAUUUCUCCGAAACACUGCUCUACUCCAUUAAUAAUUUGCGUUUUGCAAAGCCUGAUACGCCCAAACCUCUGGUCAUUAUCAGGGCAGUGAGUGAAUCCCAGAUCCAAUCCGUGAUUUACUGCUCCAAGAAGCAUCAUUUGGACAUGAGAAUUCGGAGCGGUGGCCACAGUUUCGAGGGUCUUUCUUAUGUGUCCCCACUCCCAUUCGUCAUACUUGAUCUCGUCAACUUCAAAUCAUUCAGUGCCGAUACUAAAACCAACACUGCAUGGAUUGGCUCCGGUCUCACCAACGGGGAGCUUUAUUACAAGAUUGGCGAGACGAGUGGCACACUUGGAUUUCCAUCUGGUUUAUUUGCAAAUGUGGGUGUUGGAGGCAUUCUAAGCGGAGGGGGUUACGGCAUGAUGAUGCGAAAGCACGGCCUGGCUGCUGACCACGUGAUCGAUGCUCGCCUCAUCGACUCAAACGGAAGAAUUCUCGAUAGAAAAGCCAUGGGAGAAGAUUGGUUCUGGGCUAUUAGAGGAGGUGGUGGUGGAAGCUUUGGAGUUGUUAUUUCCUGGAAAGUUAGAUUACUUCCUGUGCCUAAGAAGGUGACCGUUUACAAAGUCUACAGAACAAUUGAACAAAAUCUCACUAGCAUUUUUCAUCGCUACCAAUCUGUUGUACCCAAGUUCCCGAAAGAGCUUAUGAUCAAGGCCGAUGGACAGAGCAUUGUGAGCAAUUUGAGUCGUCGAGCGGAUAAGAGAACAAUGCAAUUCUUAUUCGAGGCCUUAUACCUAGGCAGCGCGGAUAAGAUGCUCUCCGUGAUGCAAGGCCAGUUCCCUGAGCUUGGCGUGGUACGGGAGGACUGUUUUGAAGUCAGCUGGCUCCAGGCCAUGGUGUACUUUUCAGGUUUCGACUUGUUUACGCCUCCUGAAAUAUUGCUCAACCUCACUGUUUUGCCUCGGCCUGCUUUCAAAUCAAAUAAUGACUACACUGAAGUGCCUAUUCCGGUACAAGGGCUAGAAGGUCUGUGGGAUCUCAUGUACAAACUUCCUCCAACAAAAGCAACUUUACAGUUUACACCUUAUGGAGGAAGAAUGGAUGAAAUUUCGGAAUCUGCACUUCCGUUCCCUUAUAGAGCUGGAACCUUGCUAAAGUUCAACAGGUUCGCAGAAACGGAUACAGAUGAAGCUGAACGCAUGGAAUGGAUCAAGACCUUAGCAAAAUAUUUGACUCCUUAUGUUACAAAGAAUCCGAGAAGUGCAUAUGUUAAUUAUGUGGACUUGACUAUGGGGAGUAAUAAUCUCAAAGGUGCCACAAGCUACCAGCAGGCGAGUAGAUGGGGGAAACGAUACUUCAAGAAUAAUUUUGACAGAUUGGUUAAAAUCAAAUCGGCUGUGGAUCCUGAUAACUUCUUCAGACAUGAACAAAGUAUUCCUCCCAUCUCGAUUUGAAAAUAUAAGAACUAGCUUGUUAGAAUCAACCACAACAUGUAUGUAUUAUCUCAUUUAUUCAUUUUUCUGGAGCUCUCAUUAAUAGAGACAGUGAUAUGACUAUAGCGAAAUGUUGACAUCCUACACUGUGGUAACCGGUAAUUGUUUUAAUUUGAAAUAAUAAGAGAUAUCAUAUCUUCAUUCCUCUGUAUCAUAUCUCUGAUACUGAUGUAAAUGUUUUAAUUUAUACUAAUUUUUGAAUUUUUUUAAUUAAA